CAUCAUCAUUAAUUAUGUUGACUUGGGCCUGGGCCUGGGCCAAUAGAGCGAAAUUACAUAUUUAAGGGAGGAGUAGCCAAAGGAAGAAGAACAAUAGCCGAAACCUAAUUGCCGACGACCAUGAUGCCGAACCUGAGAUCUUUGGUUGCGAAGGCUUACCGCGUUCGUCAAGGACGUGCUUUCUGUUCCUCCUCCGCAUCCUCCUCAGCUCCUAAUCCUAUCGGCGACAAAGGAAAAGGAUUGAACUUUACGCCAUUCUUGGAUGUUACUAGUACUAUUGCCGUCUGGUCUACUGUUGGAUAUGUGCUUCAAUUUGGUUGGGAAAUGUCGAAGAUCUUAAAGAUCAAGCGAAAUUCGGACAUUGACACGGAAAAAUAUGAAAUUGAGAUGGAACGUUUUCGUGAGCAACUGCUCCGUCGCAUCAGUGAAUGAAAUGUAUUUAUUUGCAAUAUCUUACUUGUUUGUCUGGUGUUUGUAAUUUCCGACUUUGUUAACACUAAAAUAAAUGAUUGCUUUUUGAAUUCGCAUGGCGAGUUGUUUCUAAGCUUAGUCUGUUUAUGAGAUACUUUUUUUUUUAA